AUGAAGUCCGUCAUUGCUGUUUCUGCUCUCUCUCUGCUCGCUGGCGCCGAGGCAGCUGAGACCGUUCUUGGUGCUUACAUCUUCCACCGCCAUGGUGACCGUACACCAAAGGCUCUUGCUCCCACCAACCUGACUACCCUCGGUUACGAGCAGGUCUACACAUCCGGCCAGUACUAUCGCUCGCGUUACCUGUCCGGCGACUCCAAGAUCCACGGCAUCAAUGAGGAUGAAGUCAAGCUUUCGCAGCUUCAGGUCCAAGCACCUGUCGACAAUGUCCUCCAGAACUCAGCCAUGGGUUUCCUCCAGGGUCUAUACCCACCUGUUCAGACUGUCCAGACACUCGCAAGUGGCCAGAACGUACAGGCGCCAAUGGACGGUUACCAGCUCAUCCCCAUCAACACCAUCGAAACCGGUUCCGGCUCUGAAGACAACGGCUGGCUACAGGAUGCAUCGAGCUGCCAAAACGCAAAGACGAGCUCAAACUCCUACUUCGACAGCGAGUCCUACAAGAACCUUGCUUCCAGCACCGGGGACUUUUACUCCUCCAUUGUUCCCUCAAUCAACGGCGUGAUGGCCGAUGAUCAGGUGACCUUCAAGAAUGCUUACGUCGUCUACGACACUAUUCACGUAGCCGAAAUCCACAACUCCAGCAUCCCCAACUCAGAUGCCCUGACCAACUCCACUCUCCACCAGCUCCAGACCCUUGCCGACGCCCACGAAUGGGGUCUGGCCUACAACGCCAGCGACAACAUGCGUGCCGUCGCUGGUAUGCAACUCGCAGGAGAAAUCCUAUCUUACAUGAACAACAUCAUUUCUUCCUCUGGCUCCAAGAAAUUCGGCAUCCAAUUCGGCGCCUACGCUACUUUCAUGUCUUUCUUCGGCCUUGCAGACCUGCAAAAAGUCAGCGACGACUUCACUGGCGUCGUCGACUACGCCAGCUCCAUGGUCUUUGAGCUCUUCACCAACGCGGAUGUAGGCUCUGGUUUCCCCAGCGGCGAUGAUCUCCAGGUUCGCUUCCUCUUCCACAACGGCACGGCGUCCAACUCCAGCGAGCCCACCGUCUACCCCCUCUUCGGCGGCAGCGACAACGCCGUAUCCUGGAACACUUUCCAAGACAACCUCAAGAAGUUUGCUAUUAGCACUACGGAGCAGUGGUGCAACAAGUGUGGUAACACUGCUGGUUCCUGCGCUGCGUUUGCUAACAACGAUGCUGCUACUUCGCAACAGAGUGGCAGCAACGGCAGCGAUAUCUCGCCUGCUAUUGGUGGUGUUAUCGGUGCUUUUGUCACUUUGGCUGUUGUGUUGGGUAGCUUGGCGCUGCUUAUGCUUGUUGGUGGGUUCAGGCUUGUUAGCAAGAAGGCGCUUCAGAGGGGUGUUGCGCAGAGCAGUGUUGAGCCUAAGGCUUAG